AAGAUCCCAUUCCUCUCUCCAAAGAAAUUCAUGUCUGCUACCAACAUGACGCUUCCAAUAGUCCCAACAAAUCGUCGUAGAUUGCCAAGUGACCUGCUCGCAAUUCAAUUCGAAAGAGUGGAGACUUGGAGAAGGGGUCAGUGACUGCGUGUGAAGCGUGGGGCGGACGACAGUCGAACCUAUUUAAGCCCUAGACUGUAUUCGAAUCGAGAUUAACAGAUAUCGAUUUCACCCAUUCAGCCUCUAUAUUCUCUACAAUCUUUACCGUGCCUUUGUAUCGUCGAUUCAUCGGUGACAAUUACAGAGGACUAGAGGAGUUGCAGAAAAUGGGUAUAAUCAGGAGCAGUUUCUCAUUCAUGCUAGGGACGUUGUGUGGAGUAUACGUUGCUCAGAACUACAACGUUCCCAACAUAAAGAAGCUCGCUAGUACAGGGCUUUUGAUAGCCAAACACAUCGAGGAAACGUACCGGAAGCCGAAGAAGAGAGACGACGACGACUAGUAGGGAAAGCGAUGCUUUAGGAAAACUUGAAACCAGCUGAAGAUUUGGUGUAAGAGUUGAGUUACCAAAUCUAGAAGCUGGCUUAUUGAAACUGAUGAUGUGAGUUCCAAUAGAUUCAUAUUCAAAGUUUUUUUUUUUCUCCUGGCUGUAUUGCAUAUUUGAGUUUGUGUAGACUCUAGUGGCUUAGUAAGUAUUAGGUGGCAAAGCCAAUAUUUCUU